CGCUUCGAAAACCAGGCGCCCUCUCUUCUUGCUGUUCGUGAGCAUCCUUUCAAUGGCUUCUGUGACUGCUCUUUUGGCCCUCGCGGGCCUGGCCGCUGGUGCCACCAUCACCACCACCGAGCCCCCACUCGCUGCCAUCCUGAAGGCUCAGGCGACCACGGUGCCUCAGACCUGGACUUCCAACGUCACCGGCAAGUCUUUUGACCGUUUCUACCAGAUCUGGCUGGAGAAUGUUGACUACGUCAAUGCUGCCAACGACACCAACCAGCAGUGGCUGGCCAGCAAGGGUAUUACCCUGACCAACUACUACGGUGUUGGACACACCUCCCAGCCCAACUACUGCGCCUCUGUUAGUGGUGACAACUAUGGCAUGGACAAUGACAACUUCCAUGACAUUCCUUCCAAUGUCUCUACCAUUGCCGACCUGCUCAACCCCAAGGGCAUCUCCUGGGCUCACUACCAGGAGCACCUGCCCUACCCCGGUUUCCAAGGAUACAAUUUCUCCAACCAGAAAACCGGCGCGAACGACUACAUGCGCAAGCACGACCCCUUGGUUAUCUUUGACCAAAUCUCGAGCAACGAUACCGCUUUGCGCCUCAUCAAGAACUUCACUAGCUUCGAGGAUGAUAUGAAGAACAGAGUGCUCCCCCAGUGGGCCUUCAUCACCCCUAACAUGACCAACGACGCUCAUGACACCAACAUUACCUUUGGCUCCAAGUGGCUGCGCAGCUUCGUUGAGCCUCUCAUGAACAACACCUACUUCUGGGACAACACUCUGCUGCUGUUGACCUUUGAUGAGACUGAGACCUACGGUGUUCCCGAGUCUGAGAUCUACAACGACCGCAACCGCGUUUUCAGCAUUCUCCUCGGAGGUGCUGUCCCUAAGCACCUCAUUGGCACAAAGGACGAGACCGUCUACACUCACUACUCUACCCUGGCUACCGUCGAGGCGAACUGGGGUCUUCCCUCCCUUGGUCGCUGGGACUGUGGUGCCAACAUCUUCAGCUUCGUUGCUGACACCGUCGGCUAUACCAACUGGGACGUGGACCCCACCCACCUUUACAUCAACCAGUCUCUCCCUGGUCCCCUUGAGCAGUGGGGUUACUCUAAGUACCGUGCCAACUGGCCCAUUCCCACCACCAACGACACCUGCUCUGCUGGCAACGGUAUCCUGCAGUCCGUCAUUGAUGCCUACAAGGGCCAGAACCCUACCUACAACUACACUGCUCCCUUCCCCUACGAUGCUGCUUACGGCCUGGAUGUGAACAUUCCCUACAGCCGUAACGGUACUACCUACGUCUCCGGUGUCAACACCACCGGCGUCGUCGGCUAUGACACCAACACUACCUCCACCUCCAGCUCCGCAUCCUCCUCCUCUUCCGCCGCUGUCAGCGCUGGAUCUGCCAUGACCAUGCCUGCUUUCGGCUCCAUGGCUGCGAUCUUCGCUGCCGUCGUGGCUUUUCUGUAAAUGCACCGUGUAUAGCGGGGGGUAAUGAUUACUUGAAUGCCUGUUGGUGAAAAUGUUAUGUUAAUAGUUCGAUGCCUUUUGUUCUACUACGAGCCAUGAGUGAUGUUAGAUGUCAGAUACUGGAUACGAUAUGACUCAAAUGCUUAUAAUACAGAUAACAAUGUUUUAUGGAAUCAGCUAU